UACUUCCUCACGACCUACCAGCAUGCAUUUCUCCAACGCCCUUCUCGCCGUUGCGGCGCUGGCCGGUCUGACCACCGCCUCGCCAAUUGACUCUCUCGACAAGCGUCAGAGCGGAGGUCUGGCGCAAGCCUUCCUGGCCAAGGGUCGCAAAUUCCUUGGAACUGCCGUGACCUUCAGAAAUGAUGCCGCAGAGCGUGCCAUCUGGACAAACAAGAACGAUUUCAACUCUAUCACGCCCGAGAAUGCCAUGAAGUGGGCCGAAAUCCAGCCAAACCAAGGCCAAUUCAACUGGGCUGGCGCCGAUGAAUACGCCAACUAUGCAAGGCAGAAUGGGAUUCAGCUUCAUUGCCACACUCUCGCUUGGCACAGCCAGCUGCCGGGAUGGGUCAGUGGACGCUCCUGGACCCGAGCUGAAUUGACUGCUGUCAUGAAGACUCACAUUGACGCCGUUGCUGGACGCUACAAAGAUGUCUGCACACGCUGGGACGUCGUGAAUGAAGCUUUGAACGAGGACGGCACCACUCGUGACAGCGUCUUCAGGAGGACUUUCGGAGAUGACUUCAUCCCACUUGCUUUCCAGCUUGCCAAGGCUGCGUCGCCAAACUCCCAGCUUUUUUACAAUGAUUACAAUCUUGAGACCUCUCCAUCCAAAGCCGCCGGCGCCCGCCGCAUCGUCAAUCUCAUCAAAGCCGCCGGCCAAACCAUCCACGGCGUCGGUCUCCAAUGCCAUCUCAGCAUCACCUACAAACCCACCCUCGCCUCCAUGAUUUCCACCCUCCAAGGCUUCACUAACCUCGGCGUCGAUGUCGCAUACACCGAAAUCGACGUCAAGAUGACUAUGCCCUCCGACUCCGGCAAGCUCGAGACGCAGAGGCAGGUGUACAAGGACAUUGCUGCCAGCUGUGUUGCUGUGCCGAGAUGUGUUGGGAUGAGUAUUUGGGGUGUGUCUGACAAGUACUCGUGGAUUCCGGGUCAAAACUCUGCCGAGGGUGGCGCGUGCCCGUGGAACAAUAAUAUGCAGCCGAAGCCGGCGAGGGCUGGAUUCUUGUCGGGCAUUACUGGCUAAGCAGAUGCGGAGAUCAAAAUGGAAUUCGAAUGAGACUGAUGACGAAGGUGAAAGGUGACGGCGGUAUUGCUGAUAGGUGGACGGUAUUGGCGACUGAUGAGGCGGAAUCCGACCACUCGACAUGACCAAGAGCUUUGCGUACUCCAGAAUUGCAAAAAUAUCUCAAGCGAAUAUCACUCUAUCCAGAA